UAAAUCUGUAUUAAAUUGAGGAAAUCUGUAUAAAAUCUGUACUCUGUAUUAAAUCUGUAUGAGCAUGUAAAAAUCUGUAUAAUACAGAUAAAUCUGUAUAAAUGGCAUCUCUGCCUACAAUACAAAACGUCAAGCCGAUUUUGAGCGUAAAGCGAUCGUUUUAAUUGGAAAUCGAAUAAAAAACAGUAAAAAACCACACGAAGUUAAAUGGAAUUUUGCCUUGCACAAGAUGGGACACUAACAAUGGGAGAACCAAAAUACAGUCCUGUAGCCUUUUCCCCAUCGUCCGCUACAACAAUCGACUCCCCAAUGAAACUCGAAUAUCAGAUUUUUGUGAUAAGGGAUUCACACAAAAAAGUGAUCUUCAUAAAGACGGCUUAGUACCUAAAGGGGAACAGGAUUAUAGUUGUGAAAUUAACGGGGAACAAUUUUCAUUGAAGAAAGUCCUGAACAAGCAUAUAUUUGUUAAUACUGAAGACCAACAAUUUAAGUGUAAUGUGUGGUAAAGAAUUUUCUAUUAAGCGUUACUUAACUGAACACAUGUCUAUUCACCACAGCGUGUACAAAUAUAAGUGCGAAGUGUGUGGCAAAGCCUUUAAUGGUGAUGUUUACUUCGCGAGACACAAAUGCAUUCAUGCGAACGAGAAGUUCAAAUGCAUUAUAUGCGAGAAAGAUUUUUCCAAUAAGUAUCAUCUCAGGAGACACAUGAAAAUUCAUUUGGAUGAUUACGAACAUAAGUGUGAGGUGUGCGGCAAAGGAUUCAACUGCAAAUCUGUUUUGAAAGACCACGAAAAUAGUCACACAGGUGAACGGCCUUACAAAUGCACUGUAUGUGGAAAAGAUUUCGUCGUUAUGGUUUACCUAUCCAGACACAUGCGUAUUCACACAGAUGAUUAUAAGCAUGAGUGUGACGUGUGUGGCAAAGGAUUUGUGGACCGAACACUCCUGAAAGUUCAUAAACGUCUUCAUACAGGAGAGCGACCGUUCAAAUGCAGUGUAUGUGGAAAAAAAUUUGCAACAAAGAGCUCUUCAACUAAACACAUGUCUAUUCACCAAAGUGAGUACAAAUAUAAUUGCGAAGUGUGUGGCAAAGGCUUCAAUGAUGGAGCUAGCCUCGCGAGACACACACGCAUUCAUACGAACGAGAAGUUUAAAUGCAGCUUAUGCGAGAAAGAUUAUACCACUAAGUAUGAACUCAACAAACACAUGAAAACUCACGUGGGUGAUUAUGAGCAUAAGUGCGAUGUGUGCGGCAAAGGAUUCAUCACCAAAUCACUUUUGGAAGACCACGAACACAGUCACACAGAUGAACGGCCUUAUAAAUGUACUGUAUGUGGAAAAGCCUUUCAUCAGAAAAGAAAUCUUUCUGUACACAUGCAAGUUCAUACAAGCGAGCGAUCGUUCAAAUGCACCGUAUGUGGUAAAGACUUCGCCAUUAUGCGUUACCUAACUAAACAUAUGCGCACUCACACGAAUGAUUACGAGCAUAAGUGUGAUGUUUGCGGCAAAGGAUUCAGUUGCAAAUCACUUUUGAAAGACCACAAACACAGUCAUACAGGCGAGCGACCGUACAAAUGCGACGUAUGUGGAAAAGAUUUCGCGACCAAGUCCUACUUUUCCAGACACAGGUUAAUUCACGAACACAUGCUUAGUCACACAGCAGCAGUGUGACAAACGCUUUUUUUUAAUUGGAUGUCUCUGUAAUUACCAACAUAAAUGAGAAAUAAAUUGGACUUAAUAGGAAUGAUAGUUUUAAAUAGUUUAUGUUUAAUUUGCAAAAUGCGUAUACUUUAAUGAUGCAAAACACAUCAAUAGAUUUACGCUUUCUCAAACUUUUCUGUCUGUGUCUGCAAUUAUCCUUAACAGUUCUCGUUUUCAAACAUGCGAUUUCAUUUUUCUGGUGGAUUUAUAGAUAAAAU